AUGAAGAAAUUUAUUGCCAUUGGAUUAGGAUUUACAGGAUUAGCCUAUUUAGGCUGUCAAUUGUACAAUUUGUGGAAGAAAUCAGAAGAAGAAGAUGAAACGAAAUCAAAUGAAGCAAUGGUUGAGGAAGUGGAAUUUGUGGAAGUGGAAUUUGAAGAGGACAACCAUUUGCUGAACUUCGAUGUGGAGGUAAACUAUCAUCUUUACCGGAAUCGUCGGUACUAUCCAACCUUGAAUUUCAAUCGGGAAUUAGAACUUAUUGAAGAAGAUGACUAUUGGGAUGACUUGGAUGUUGAUUUUGAAGAAUUUUUCUAA